GGUUUGGACACGUCUGUGGCAUUCGCUGUACUAUCUAUAUACGCCACCUGCCACCCAAAGGAUUAUUCCAGAAAUCAAGCAUCAUUUGCUCUGCCCCGCAUGAGGUCAAAAUAGAGGAACUAUUCAUCAGAUGCAGUGGCUUUGGAAACCAUGGUAUAAUGCAGGCACGCCGCGAAUAGCCUCGCAUUCACGCGCCAUCAUGGGUAAAGAGCAUAGAAGCAUUCCUGGUCUUUCUUGUCUGGUGUGUGUACGAGGAUUUUACCAACUAUCGCAUGAUGAUGUGCAGCAGCUAGUCAGAGCAAGCCUCGGCAGAAGCCUUCUCGCACGCAAUCACCAGAUCCGGCCGACCGGCCAGCCGUUCAAAGCUGUCCUUGGAAUGAUAUGCGAUGGUCACCAACCAUGGUAUCUCUAUAGUAUCACCACCCCAGCUUGUGUUAUUCUCUAUAUCGUACACCGUAAAGUUCUCAGUGAGGUCGUGUGACGACGCUGUUGUUACAUCAUAUGAAAUGAUCAGCUGGUAUAACGGUUCUCGGGGGGUUAUAAGACGAAGGGUAAACGAGGAGGGUCGAAGUGUUGUUCU